AUGCGAGACGCUACCCUGGCUUCCUACCCAAUUCCACCCAUUCCCAGGCCAUUACCACGUCUUCUGGGCUACCUCUCCGAAGCCUGUGCUUCAUUGGUGGAUCGUCGCCUUGGUCUGAAUAUUGUUCCCCCGACCGGCAUCGUCGAGCUGGCCGCCCCAACUUUUUACUACGGAAAGCUUGAUCGUGCCAAAGCGCGCACUAAGGAGAGGAUUCGGUCGCGGUAUCCGGACAUUGGACGUCGUUUUCAUCGGAUUGGAUUGCCGCCAAAGGUGGGCAGCUUCCAACUGUUCGUCCCUGGAUACCAAGAUGCCUGCCAUUGGCUGAAAAUUUGGGAGCAGUUCCCGGAACAAGCCCCGCCUCCAGUUACCCAGCGCGAAUUCCAACUGCAAUUUGAGAAGAUGGUAGUACUGGAUUAUAUAAUCAGGAAUACAGACCGUGGCAACGACAACUGGCUGAUCAAGUACGAGCAAGCAGAAGCCUUCACCCCAGAUAUGAGAUCGCUUCUUAACGAAGACGGCGUUGUGCCGAUGGAUCCGGAAACGAACGGAGCACAACAGGACAGGGACAUGACGCUGCAGAUUGAGGGAAAUCUCAUCGAUAUCGGAGGCGAAGGCGCUAGUCAACCAGCUCCGGAAUUGCCUGCUGAGGCCCAAACUCCCAGCCAACCACAACCUGCUGAAGUGGAAUGGGCCGAUGUCACCGUACCAAAGGUGAAGCUGGCCGCAAUCGACAACGGUUUGGCUUUCCCAUUCAAGCAUCCGGACGAGUGGAGGGCUUACCCAUUCGGCUGGGCCUUCCUCCCACAGGCCCGACUUCCGUUUUCUGAUGAGAUUAUUGACCUCAUUCUCCCCAAACUUGACGAGAUCGACUUUGUCCGAGCGCUUGGAGAAGAAUUGAGGCAACAAUUUAAGAAAGACAAAGGCUUUGACAAGAAAAUGUUCGAGCGCCAGCUGAGCGUGAUGCGGGGCCAGAUCUUCAACCUGCGCGAGGCGCUGCGAACCGGAAAAACGCCGUAUCAGCUGGUGAUGAUGACUGCUCAGUACAUGGUGGAGGUAAAGCAGAAGAAGAAGAAGCAAAAGAAGAGGAAGGACUCGAGGAUGCCGAGGCCGACUGUGCAUUCUGAUGCUGAUGAGGCCGACACAGCCAUCUUCCCGUCGGGACCCGGACCGUCGAGGGGUACUUCUGUCGUCACAUCAGUUCUGGAUGCUCCAACAGCUUCUGAAGUCGAGUCCCCGGAAAAUCCGAAUCGCGUCAAGGGAUGGCACGAUACUUACAAGCAGAAGGUUCAGACGCGGAAUCCCUUCUUCCGCUGGUGG